AGCGUUUCUCUCGUGGCGCUUCUGCAGGAAGCACCACCCGAUCCGAGUCUGUCUCCGCUCCUGUUGCCGUGGAUACCGAGACAUGCUAUUCUGCCACCCGCAGCCUGAGUCCUACCAGCAGCUGCUGCAGCUUCAGCAGCAGCAGCUGCAGCACUCCACCAGCUACAUCAGGGACGCCCUGGCGCCCUUCCUGAAGACCGAGGAGGCGCGGCUCCGGGCGGACAGCGGCGCCCGGCGCCCGCCCUUCCACUACGUCCUGUGCGCCGCCACGUCUCCGGCCGUCAAGCAGCAGGAGGAGACGCUGACCUACCUGAACCAAGGUCAGUCCUACGAAAUCCGUAUGCUUAACAGAAAGCUAGUGGAGUAUUCAGAUAUAAGCAGCAGAUAUGUGAAGAGCAUCGUGCGCAUCGUGUUUCACGACCGCCGGCUGCAGUACAUGGAGCACCAGCAUCUGGAGGGAUGGAGGUGGAACCGCCCCGGAGACCGGAUCCUGGAUAUAGAUGUUCCCCUCUCCGUGGGGAUCCUGGACCCGCGUUCAGACCCUCUGCACCUCAACACCAUCGAGUUCCUCUGGGAUCCCUUGAAGAACGCUUCUGUCUUCAUCCAGGUCCACUGCAUCAGCACCGAGUUCACCCCCAGGAAGCACGGCGGGGAGAAGGGCGUGCCGUUCUGCAUCCAGGUGGACUCCUUCACCUCCAACGACCAGGGGGAAUACGUGGAACACGUUCAUUCGUCCAACUGCCAGGUCAAGGUCUUCAAGCCCAAAGGAGCAGAUCGCAAGCUGAAGACAGACAGAGAGAAGAUGGAGAAGAAGACGCCUCAGGACCGGGACAAGUACCAGCUGUCCCAUGAGACCACCCUGCUGAAGGAGUGCUCCCAGUGGCCUGAAAGCCUGAACCUGAGCAGCAGCAGCACUCCGUCACCCGUCUGCCUCAGCUCGCCCUGCGGCUUCACGGACGGCAACUGUUCUCCGAAGCAGCAGGCGGAGGUGUUCAUGCCUGGCGGCUCGGAUCAUCUUCUGCCGUCGUCGCCGCCGCAGGACGCUCAGCGGUGGCUGCAGCGCCACAGGUUCUCGCCUUUCUCUAGGCUCUUCUCCAGCUUCUCAGGAGCCGACCUGCUGAGGAUGAGCAGAGCGGAUCUGAUCCAGAUCUGUGGUCCGGCUGACGGCAUCCGGCUCUUCAACACCAUGAAGGGAAGGAGUGUCCAGCCCAGCCUCACCCUCUACGUGUGUCAGCAGCAGCAGAGUGGCGGCCCGGCGGCCAUGACGCCCGGCGGCUCCGACGGUGAGCAUUUGUUCCUAAAAGAUAUGUUUAUAGAAGACCUGUUGGAGAAGAUCGCUGGGCUUUACAGCAUCGCUCCACAACAGAUCACACACAUCUACCGCCAGAAGACCACAGGGAUCCACGUCCUGGUAUCUGACCAGAUGGUGCAGAACUUGGGAGAAGAAGCCAGUUUUCUCAUCAGCACCAUCAGAGAUGAAACUUCUGACGGCUACCAUGUCGUGAUGAAAUGAGCAGCAGGGGGCGCCGUCAGCGCGGCUGUACAGACUUUACGUCAGUAAUUCAGUGGAACUUCAGAUCCAUCUUGAUUUUGGAUGUUUUCUGUAAAUCAUUGUGCCUGGACCAGCAGAGAAGGACUCCCAAUCAGAACCGGUUUUCAUCACUGGCAGAACAGAAACACGGACGACCAAACCUUUCCACCUCUGGGUUUUAUUGACGGGUCAGAACAGAACAGGCUUGUUUUCAGGCAGCAGAGGGAACCAGUUUAAACUGGGAACAGCUAGUUUUAAUUAGCAUUUUGCUCUAAAUCAUAUAAUUUAUGGCUGUAUGUUGCAUGUUUAGAAGAAUAAUGUGGAUUUUAUUUUGCUGCAUAAGAACUGAUGUGAUGAGAACGGCUCCUAAAGCUAAGCUAAAGCUAAGCUAAGCUAAAGCAGAUGCACUUCUGCCUGAAAAUGCAAAUGGUAGAAUAAAAACUUUUGAUAUGUUGGAAAGAUGUGAAAUAAUACUGCAAAUAUUAAAAUGUUUUCUCUGUAGCCAA